AUGGCUUGGCAUACCCGGCUUGCGGUAGUGCUGGCCCUGGUCAGCUCAGUGGCCGCGGAAUGGUGCUCCGGCAGGUCGGACGACUGCGCCUCCAACCCGAUCCCGCUCCGUCAGUUCAACCAGCUCAACUUCCACCCCAAAACGUGCGACCUCAAGUGGAAGAACGGUUGCACUACCAAGGACAAGCGCGGCGGUCUGCAGCAGAAGCCGCCGCCAUUCUCGCUAUGCAACUCGUGGCACCAACCGGCCGGGCUGAUACCCAUCGACGCCUACACGCUGGCGCUACAGAAGAACAACUUCGCACCGGACUCGGCCACGUUCACGCUGCACGGUCUAUGGCCUGGGUCGGCGGGCGGAGAUGGCUCUAGGAACCAGCCGUACGGUUGCCUGAAUGGCGAGGAGUUUGACGAGACGAUUCUCAAGACAUUUGCCGGUCUGUUCAACUACUUCUGGCCGACGGACCCAAAGUACAAGAACACGAUGCAAUGUUUCAUUCUGUCCGAGUGGAUGAAACAUGGCACCUGCGCAGUCAUCCCCGGCGCUGACGGCAAUUCGUUCAGGCUGCCGCAGGAGGCCUACUUCCGCACGGCAUUUGUGUUCGCCAACGAGGUCAACGCAAACGCCGCAUUACGCGAGCAGCUGCAGAUGAGAGGGGAUAUGGAGCCGCUCGUCAGCACCGGCUGCGUACAGUGCGCGUAUCUGGCAACGGUGGGAUGGACAGACACCGACAGGGAGAGCGUGCCGCGCAUAUCGGGCGACUGUAUCGACCAGUGCUUUGCGUGUGGUGACUCUUGGGACACAUGCCCGCCGGCGCAGCUCAACAGCACCGUGCUGCUGGACCCCAGUAACGCGCCGCAGCUGGAGGAGAGUGAAGAAAGUGUCAGCAGUGACAGCAUUGGAAACGGAAGCUUGCCGCUGCUGAACUUGGAUUUUGCUAUGCCGGCCCUCACGAGCUCCGACAAUGUAUCCCCUUGGGAGGGCACUUGGCGCUCGUUUGGCGCCGAGCAACUCGGAUCCGGCAAGUUCGAGUUCGCGCAAACCUUCACCGACGUUGACAGCCAGAACGUCAUGACCGUCACCACCGACAGCCCAUACCCCCAGACGUGCACCUACCAGCGACGUGGCCCCAAAGAGCUGUUACUGCAAUGCGGCAGCGGCGACACGGCCCACGUGGAAGACUGCCUGGUGCAACGACUGCCGGAUAUUGGCGAGCUCGAGGUGGCCUUUCUGGCGUGCAAUCACACCGGUAAGCCAGCGCCUAAGAGCUUCUACGCCGCCAUGGAUACGCCCGGGUGCGGCAACUUCCUCAUGUUCCGCUGUAAGGCGUCAGCGGCAGGCUGUUCGUUUUCUCCGGAUGGUAUCUCGGCGUCCGGUAGCAAGCAUGAGACCGAGUCUAAGAUCGAGGCCGAGUCCAACUCCGAGUCCGGUCCAGUGAGCCACUCUCAGCAUGGCAUUGCCGGAGCACCCCCGGCGCUGCUUGGCUCGUGGCGCACACUCCAAGUAUCCAGCCACUAUCAAGAGGGCCUCGCACAAUGGAAUUUUACUGCCGCCGGUCAGGCGUCGAUGAGGUGGCCAAACUACCCCGGCCGCGGCGUGCAGCAUUACUCAGUCUCGCACUCGGAGGAGGACCCCAGCCAGGUGCUUCUUGCCAGCGCCAGCGGCAUGAUCACCACCUGUCAUUUCCAGUUCCAGUUCCAACAGGUGUACUCGUACGCCGUACUCGACUGCGAAACGCCGGGCCAGCCAAAGAUGCAAUGGGCCAUGGGCCGGUGCAACCCGUGCAACGCUCACUGCCGCUACUCGUGCGGCCCCGAGAAUGACUUUUGCGGCGCCGGCUCGUGCGAUCCGGCCGAGUCGGUGCAAGCAGAAGCAGCAGCAUCCGCCGGCGUCCAAGAUCCCUCGCACGCAACACUUGUUGAAGGCCCGGCCCAUGACUGGUGUACGCCUCAAGACUCCACCUGCUGGCCCACCAAGACGGCCAUUCGGAAGCUGGAGCAGGCGCUGGACCCCACAGUGCCCCGGCUCGGCCUCCGGUGGAGCAGCUACCCACAGCCGCAGCCGGCGCCGGUACCAACGGGCUCCAUCAACAACCAGUCCUUUUACGGCCUGGGUAAUGCGCCCGAGGGUCUCAAGGCGCUGUACUCCUAUUACGACGACAUCGACGCGAUGCAGCGGCCUUGCUUCGUCCUACCCGCUGGCGCUACCGUAUGGAACAGCGCGUCUGAUAUGUGCAAGGCGGCGCUUCACCAGAACGAGUACCGCAAUUGGAAUCCCUUCAUCGUUGUCUUCCCGCUGAACGAACGCCAUAUCGCCGCCGCCCUUACCUUUGCCGCGCGCCACCGCUUAUGCAUCGCCACGGCCGGUACCGGCCACGAGUACAACAGCCGCAACUCAUGCCCGACUGGUGGUAUCCUCAUCCGCACAAUCCUGCUCAAGGACAAAACCUUCAUGCGCACCUGGGGCUCCGAGAAAGACGGGGAGCAGGCCCUAGCCCCGGCUGGCGCAUUUCGCUUUGGCGCCGGCUCCAUCUUCGCCGAGAUGCAUGCCUUCUCGGCCAAGUAUAAACGUGUCGUUGCAUCGGGCUGGUGCUCCACUGUCGGCAUGGUUGGCUUCCAUCUCGGCGGCGGCCACGGGCCCUUUGCACCUUCCAUGGGCCUCGGCGUCGAUAACCUGCUCGAGAUUGAAGUUUUGCAGGUCGGCCGCGACGCCAAUGGCCAGCCCGUCGUCCAUAAGAAGAUUGCCAGUCGGCGCCACAAUCCCCAGCUCUUCUGGGCCAUGCGCGGCGGCGGUGGCGGCGUCUGGGGUGUCAUUCUCUCCAUGACGAUCCGCGCCCAUCCUGUGCCCGACGGUGGUCUCAGCCGGCUGAGACUUAAGCAAAAGGUCAGCACGCAGCCCGCCUUCUUUAUUGACACCUCCAAGUAUAAGACAACCCACGACCUCUGUUCAGUGACUUGGACGUUCAGUUUUGAGUACUUUUACGCCGGCGGCCAGGCAGAGCAGGACUACGUUCAGUUCCGCGACAGCCUCGUGGACGUGCUGCAGACCAAGCCCGAGGCCACGCAGGAGCACAACUUCAACUCAGCCUAUGAGUACAUCCUCUCCAUGCCCCCAGACAAGUUCCUACUCUUCGUCAUGAAUCCGCUGCCGACGCCGCACCCGCCCUCCGACGCGGCCACUGGCUCUCAGAACUCCGUCCUUGUCUCGCGGCAGGCCAUGGAGACAGAGUUCGCCUCGACAAUGAUGGACGUGCUGGAUAUCUGCGUCAACUCCCUGGAGCAUUCUGACACGACGUCGCCAGAUCCAAACGGCUAUCGCUGCGGAUUCCACUACCUCUACACGUCGCUAACUGGCAACCUGGGCAGCUCGCAGCCGGGCGAUACGGCCAUCUCGCCGGGCUUCCGCUCGGCGCUCAUGCUGUGGAAUGCGCGCACCUUGACGACGCAGCAGUCAAGGGACACGCUGUAUAAGCUUGGACCCAACAGUUAUUUCUCCGAGAGCUCGUAUGUUAUGCAUAACUGGACGGCGAGAUAUUGGGGUGACAAGGCGUAUGAGCAGUUGCUAGCUGUGAAGAAGGCGCACGACCCGGGGAAUCUCUUUUGGUGCCAUCAUUGUGUUGGGGAUAACCCGGAUGAUGCAUAUGGAGAGCCGCUGAUUGUUGCCCCUGAUGCUGCGGCUGACAGGGAGCCGUUGGAGGGUUCUGCGGCUGAUUUUGUUGAAAAAGAUGAGUUCCUGAUAAUCGACGAGAAGAUGUUUUCCAAGAACCAACGUGCUAAAGCCAGAGGUGUUGAUAACACCGCCGUGAGAGUCGCAUUGCUGGUAGACGGUGACCGAAAAGGGCACCGAUAUCAUGGUGCUAUUCCUAAAGGUGCUCGGUGCUUAACGCUGAUACUGAUGCUGAUGCUUAACGCUGAUGCUGAUGCUGAUGCUGAUGCUGAUGCUGAUGCUGAUGUUGUCGCGGAGGACUGA